GGCAUAUUGCAUGCUACAUUUCGGUUCGUUUGCUGCUGGUGUCUGGACGAAGGAUUCGUUUCGAAUUCUAAAAUGUCAUCCAAAAGCUACCUUUUGGGACACUUUCCAGCCCUGGACUGGCGUCCCCUGGAAUUUGUGGAUCUCCCCUCGACGACAUCCUGCGAUUUGUGCGCAGUCAUCCCUCAAACUAUCUUCAGACUCGAAUGUUUCCACUCACUUUGUGAAGGAUGUUACCAGAGCGUUCUUGGAAGCAACCGACGGUGUCCGCUGGACAAGCAAGAGUUCGUUGAAAGUGAAGUGCAAACUUUACCAAUCAGAAGGACGCGUCUGGAGAAACUGGAUGUUCGCUGUUGCAACUUCAGCCAUGGAUGUAAAUUCGUUGGAUCGCUCGAACGAAUGAAAUCUCACUUCUUGAAGGACUGUGAGUUUCAUCCAUUAGCUUGCAAGAAGUGCAGCGCAACCGUACCCCGUAAGGACAUCAUCAGCCAUUAUAUGGAAGAAGAGUGCGGGGCUCAAAACACUUUGUGCUCGAGCGAAAAUGCUUCUAUUGACGGGAUCGUCAUCAGGAUUGGAAGGCAGAUCGACGCUUCACUAUCAGAUAUAGCCGAUAAGCUCCGUGCUAUGGAAGACUGGCUAAAUAGCCAUACUCUGGAGAUCGACACUACGAAAGAAUGCGUCACGAAUUACGCUGCAGCACUGCACACGCUUGAAGAGGGACAAAGCUUCUCUUCUGUGACGAUGUCCAACGUUAUGCGCACUGUUUCGGACGCAUUCUCUUCGAUUGAAGAGCAAUGUAGCAACCAAGUUGCAAGCACGGACGACCUGAAGAACCGCGUCAUUUCCAUCAAGGAGACGCUGAGUACCCUUGUGGGAUUGCAAAAAGACGCGGCUGAGAAUGCGGCCAGCUCGGGUGGAGGUUGGAAACAGUGCGCCAAGAAACUUGAAGCGAUGUCGAAACGCAUCCAAGAUUUCUCGCCGUCCAUGGAGGACAAAUUGAGUUGCAUGAGCGAUAUGCUCCAAGCUUCCAUUGGAUACGGAACCCACAUUGCUUUUUUUCACGUUCAAGACGUCGACGGGCUUAAAGACAGAGCAAUUGUGUGGGAGGUUGCCUACAGCUUCUCCGAUGUUUUCGCGUUGUGUGGCUAUUCUGUAAAAUUAAGCGUGAAGUUGAGCAAAUAUGAUGAUAUCAUGUACAUAGGUGUCCUCCUGUAUAUCUGUCGUGGUCAAAAAGACUCGCUCUUGACAUGGCCCUUCUUGUUGCCUUAUACGCUUAUCAUGGUUCAUCCAAGUGACGACAAAAAGAAUGUUCGGCAUUGUGUUGAUGUACCAAACUUGUUUCGGAAGUACCCUUAUUGUUUCAAUAGGCAAGUCGAAAGUUCGAAUAGCGGCAACGGUAAGUCUCAGUUGUGCAAACUGGAAGAUGCGCUGAAUGACGGCUUUGUUUACGAGAACGCAAUUACGGUUGGUGUUACACUUGUCCAAAGUCGUGACUAGUAUGCAGUUAAAGCUAUCAGCCCCGACGGGCCGGCCUCCAUGGCCAUUAGCGUAUGGUGGCUAUGGGAUCAGUUCAUCAAAAUCAGCUCAGAAACUUGACAGCCUGGUAUAGAUGUGUGUGUUAAAUAAAGGGAGU